AUCAGAGAAAGUAAUUGCAAGGAGACAACACUGGCAAGUUUUUUUUUUGGUGAUUGGUUUUUCAAAACAUGGCAUACAAAAUAUUUGGGUUUAUAGUUGGUACCAGCUAUGGUUUAACGUUCGCGAGGACGGCCUAGAAAAACGUAAAUAACUGCUUAACUUUGGCGGGCGACUUCACGCUCAUUCAGUAACUAUAUUUUGUUUUCAGGCGUCCAAUACUGACGUGAACAGAUCGAAUGGCUGUCAUUAGAGGCCUCCUUUGCUUCCCAUUUCUACUUGUUAUCGUUGAAUUAUUUCAAGGAGCGGCCACUCAACAAUUGCAAUGUCCAGGUGGCGGUGCUGAAUAUUCUACUUCGGGAAUGAUGCUUGAGCGACACGUCUUUAAAACAAUUCAUGUAUCAUUCGGAUAUGAGUGCUUACAGGCGUGUCAUCAGGAGAUCACGUGUCAGAGUUUUAAUUACGUCAUUUCUCAGUCUGCGUGUGAGCUCAACAAUCGCACCAAAGAAGCAAGGCCUGAGGAUUUUGUGCCUAACACCGACAGAUAUUAUUUUAGACGAGACAGGAACAGAGUCCCUCUCGGUUCAAUUCCCGAGCUGCCAGCUGAAACCUGUACAGAGAUCAAGACGAGUGAAGGCGGACAAGCGGUCAGUGGCAAAUACUGGUUUGACGAGUAUAAAACAGGAAAAUCUGUGCUCACUCAUUGUGACAUGGACACCGAAGGGUGA